UCUGUCAACCCAUUCUCCCUGGAUCUCCUCUGCAGCCCCACCACAGCCCAUUUCGUCUCUAGGGAGCCUCAGUCCCCACCCGUGCUCUGCUCCCUCCAAGAAACCCGAACUUGUUGCUCCCAAGGCAUCCCAAUCUGCUGCCGUGUCGCUGCGGCGCUUUCUUUAGAGUCAUGGCGUUCAGUCGCCUGCUAGGUCUGGUCGCGCUGCUGGCUUGCGUGGCGGCGGCGGCGGCGGCGAAGGAUGCGUCAUUCGACAAGUUUAUGACGCUGCCCGACUUCUGCAAGUGGGACGGCGGCUGCUCGCGCCAGAACGACGGCUCCGUGAAGCUCACCGCUUACUCGAAUAAGAUGGGCAAGUUCACGUCCAAGGGCUACUUCGGCUAUGGCAUCUUCCGCGUCAACAUGAUGCUCCCCUCGGGCUACUCGGGUGGUUUGAUCCCCUGCCUCUAUCUCAUCUCGGGCAACAACCCCAAAUACACCGACCCGCACGACGAGAUCGACAUGGAAUUUAUCGGGGAA